CACACACACACACACACACACGAGACACGAGAAAUUGUGCUCAAUCUUAGUUGGGGGCGUGUCUGGGGAAGCCUGUGGUUAGUGAAGAGUUAACUCGGAGUUGGUCGGAUUAGGUGGAGUCGCCUCCCAAUUGGUGGAAAGUUACCCGGGGCGUGGCCUCUCAUUCUGUUCUGCCCCCCCCUCCCGUCAUGCCCCCCCUCCCCCUGUAUCCUCCCCCCACCCCCCAGCCCGGGUCUACUUUGUACCUUCCUCGCCCUGACUCCGGAGCCCGGCCAAGCCGAGCCGGGCCAGACCAGACCCAGGGGCGAUGCGGCUUCUGCCUCUGCUGCGGACAGUCCUCUGGGCCUCGCUCCUUGGGUCCCCGCUCCGGGGGGGGUCCGGCCUCCGCCACGCCGUCUAUUGGAACUCCAGUAACCCCAGGUUGCUUCGAGGAGACGCAGCAGUAGAGCUGGGCCUUAACGAUUAUCUGGACAUCUUCUGUCCACAUUAUGAUGGUCCAGGGCCACCUGAGGGCCCUGAGACUUUUGCUCUUUUCAUGGUGGACUUGGAUGGGUAUAAGGCAUGCCAAGCUGGGGGCCCAAAAACUUACAAGCGAUGGGAGUGUGCCCGCCCCUUUGCUCCUUUUGGUCCAGUCCGAUUUUCAGAGAAAAUCCAGCGCUUCACACCUUUCUCAUUGGGUUUUGAGUUCCUGCCAGGGGAAACCUACUACUACAUAUCUGUCCCAACCCAGGAAAGCUCUGUCCGAUGUCUGAGGCUGCAGGUAUCAGUGUGUUGCAAAGAAACCACUGAGAAGCCGACCACUGCAUCUCCUUUUGUGCUUCCACAAGGAAAUGGGGUCUCCAAGGAGUCCUUGGGUCCAGGUGGGGGCAGCAUGCCCGCAUGGCAAGGAGGCCGGGCCCCAAGUCCCCUCUGCCUCCUCCUCUUGCUGCUGUUGCCACUUCUUCGCCUCCUUCGGGGACUCUGAGCCUGGCCUUGAUCUCAUCAUACUCUUGGCUGUCACCCCCAAAUCUAGCCUCUUUGUGCAUGCCCCUGACCUGGCUUCAGCCUAGAGGCUCCAGCUGCUGGAAAAGGGGUGCAAGGAUCAGUGCUUGGGGGACAAGGAAGUAUUGAAGUGUUGAAAGACUCCAGGACUGUAAUGCAUUGCUCUUGGUGUGGAGCUUUGCAGGAGUUUUCCUUCUGAUCUUUUGAGGAGAGGAUCAGAAUUAGCUGGGGUUAUCCCUACAAUUUCUGAAUGCAUGGACCGAUACCUAGACAAAUACUGAGACUGGACCAAUUCUUGGAUUUACACUAAAGUGAAUACCAUCACUCCCAACUGCCAGCAAUUGGCCAUGGUUCCUUUUCUCUCUUCAGACUGAAUUUUUUUCUGGAAAAUAAACCAAACCUCAAUCCUGGAGAAGGGGGAUGAAACACCUAGGUCUCCUGGGAACUUCAAGAUUUCUACUAGUCUGGGAGCAAAGUGAUUUGUCCCUUGAUCUGAUCAACCAGCCCACCGAUACUCCAGGUGCUCCCCAGACUGUACCUUGUUCUCCAGCUGAGAACUCUUUUGUGUCUUCUGGGAAGACGGACUUGAUAUGAGAUUGAUUUUCAUUUAUUUGUAUUUUUAUAAGUAUCUGGACUCAACCUUCAAUAAAUCACCUCCCCCCUUCUCAUAUACCACA